UCCAAGUCCAACACUUCAACGUCAAUCAAGUCCAGUUUUGAGGCUUCCAAUUUGGCACUUUAUGUUUUUUUGACGUUCUUUGAUUUGUUUCUAUUCCCAACGGAUCGAGUCGUUAAGGUUCGUAUUCGUUUUUUGUUUGGGUUAUUUACCUAUAAUGGAUUGUUAUUAGGUCAUCGUAAAGGUUCUUUUCAUGUUAAAAGAAUAUGUCUGAUGAGAGUGAUCAAGGGAGUGAGAUUGGAAGUUUCCAGGGGAGUGAUGCCGGUAGUGACGUUGGAAGCCCUCGAGGAAGUGAAAGUGACGCGGAGCAGGGAAAAGUUAGAAGGUCAGUUAGUAGAUCGAGGAGUCGAAGCAGAAGUGUGAGCCGAAGCAGAAGUAAGAGUAAAAGUAGGAGCAGAAGCGUGAGCAGAAGUAGGAGUCGAAGUAGAAGUCCGAGCGGCAGCAGAAGUGGAAGUGGUUCCGAAGCAGAGGAAGACAACAGGAAUGAAAAAUCAGCCAGCGAGGAAGAACCUGAAGGUGAAGAACUAGGAUCAGAGGAUGAAGAUGACUAUGACGAAGAAGAAGAUGAGGAUGACGAAGGGCCUAGAAGCAAAAAGAAGAAGAAGAAAAACGAUCGAUUCGGCGGUUUUAUUAUUGACGAGGCUGAAGUUGACGAUGAGGUCGAAGAGGAUGAUGAGUGGGAAGAUGGCGCCCAAGAGAUUGGCAUCGUCGGAAAUGAAAUGGACGAGCUGGGUCCCACAGCUAGAGAAAUUGAAGGAAGAAGACGUGGGACUACGCUUUGGGAUUCACAGAAAGAAGACGAACUUGAGGAAUAUCUCAGGAAGAAGUAUGCUAAUGAGACAAUCGCAGCAAGACAUUUUGGAGAUGGCGGAGAAGACAUGUCUGACGAAAUUACCCAACAUACACUUCUUCCAAGUGUCAAGGAUCCAAAUUUAUGGAUGGUCAAGUGUAGAUUAGGAGAAGAGAAAGCGACAGCCCUCCUCCUUAUGAGAAAAUUUCUUACUUACCAAAAUACAGAAAAUCAGCUUCAAAUAAAAUCGGUCGUUGCUCCUGAAGGGGUGAAGGGUCUCAUUUACAUCGAAGCUUUCAAAAGACCACAUGUCAAACAGGCAAUCGAGAACGUUGGGAAUUUGAGGGAAGCAAGAUGGGCACAACGGAUGGUACCGAUAAAAGAAAUGACCGAUGUCCUUCGAGUGAUCAAAGUUCAAACUGAGCUCGUACCUAAACAGUGGGUUAGAAUUAAAACAGGUAUUUACAAGGAUGAUAUUGCAAAGGUAGAUUAUGUUGAUCUUGCUCAGAAUCAAGUCCAUCUUAAGUUAUUUCCACGUAUUGACUACACAAAACUACGUGGUGCACUACGUCCAACACAGGACAAUGAUCCUUUGAAAAGGAAGAAGAAAAAAAGGCCGCCGGCAAAGGCUUUUGAUUCUGGUGCUAUAAGGGAAAUCGGUGGCGAGGUUACUUCAGACGGUGACUAUUUGAUAUUUGAAGGAAAUCGUUAUUGCAGAAAAGGGUUCCUUUACAAAGUAUUCAAAAUAAGCGCAAUUUAUUUUGACGGUGUAACACCUACACUCUCUGAAUAUGAGAAAUUCGAGGAAUCUCUGGAAGGCGCAGAUUUUGAAGUUUCGGUGAACAAAGACGGCUCGGGUCAUACAUUCAGCGCUGGUGACAACGUCGAAGUUUGCCAAGGUGAAUUGAAGGACCUGGAAGGGCGGGUCAUUUCCGUUGAUGGCGAUACAGUCACAAUGAAACCGAAACACGAAGCUUUAUCGGUUCCGAUCGGAUUCAAAUCACACGAGUUGCAAAAAUUCUUCAAACUUGGCGACCAUGUUAAAGUGCUUAGAGGACGUUACGAAGGCGAUACCGGGCUUAUCGUCAGAGUGGAGGAAAACAGAAUCGUCCUUUUCUCCGACUUAUCGAUGCACGAGUUGGAAGUUUUGCCAAGGGAUCUCCAACUCUGCUCAGACAUGGCUACUGGUGUCGACAGCCUCGGACAGUUCCAAUGGGGCGAUCUCGUUCAAAUUGAUGCUCAAAAGGUUGGCGUUAUUGUCCGAUUGGAGAGAGAGACUUUCAACGUUUUGAGUAUGGAGGGUAAAAUAGUUUCGGCAAAGCCUCAAUCUCUUCAAAAGAAAAAAGAAAAUCGUAACACGACCUGUUUAGAUUUUCAAUCAAACACGAUUCAAAAAAGAGACAUGGUUAUCGUUAUCGACGGCGCACACAGCGGUUGCAAGGGAGAAGUGAAGCAUAUUUAUCGAAAUUACGUUUUUAUCUAUUCUAACAAAAACGUAGAACACGGUGGUAUUUUCGUAUGUAAAGCGAAACAUAUUACACUCGCCGGUGGUAGUAAAGCGAACGACACUGGUGGAUUCUUAAACAGUUCAAUGGGCUAUAUGUCGCCCAGGAUUACAUCCCCUAUGCAUCCUCAUGGCGGCGGAGGAAUAAGUGGUGGUAGGGGUGGACGAGGCGGUGGCGGAGGUCUUAGAAAGGACAGAGAUCUCAUUGGAAAAACCAUCAAAAUUACAACAGGCCCAUACAAAGGUAACGUUGGUAUGGUCAAAGAUGCAACCAUGGAUACUGCUAGAGUUGAAUUACAUUCCAGUUGCAAGACGAUUUCUGUUGAUAGAAUGCAUAUUCAAAUAUGCGGAGCUCCUUCUGGAGUGGAUGGAUCUUUAACAGCGUAUAGCAGAACACCAAUGCACGGAAGCGCUCAGACCCCGCAAUACAUGGGAAACAAAACGCCGAUGCACGACGGGAACAGAACCCCGGCUUAUUUGGGCGGGGCGACACCAUCUCACGAUGGCGGACAAACACCCGCCUGGGAUCCUUCGGCGACGCCGGGAAGAAUGGAAGACGACAGGUUCGGAGAGGACGACUACACCAAAGUCAAUCCUUGCACGCCGCAGGUCAUGUAUGGAUCGGACAAAUCGACCUAUUCCUCUUUCGAUUCUACGCCUUCUCCGACUAAUUACGGAAGUAAUAGUUCAGUCUACUGUGCGUCCGCUUCUCCAGGAAGUGGUGUUCAGUCGUAUGGAUCACCGUCUCCUACAUACAGUCCUAGAACCCCUAUAAGCGGUUCUUCUCCAAGAACACCUAGUGGAGGACUCGGAGGAGAUAUUCUGGCAACCCAUGAUUGGCACACAACAAAAAUUGCGGUCAGAGUUAAGGAAGAUCAUCCUGAUAAGGGCUUGGCUAAUCAACAAGGAGUCAUAACUGGAGUGUUUACCGAUACAUGUGUAGUUUUCCUCCCUGACGAAGAUCGUAAAGUGAACAUUCCAAUGGACAUGCUACUCCCUGUCCAGCCGACCACGGGCGAUAACGUUAAGAUUAUCGUCGGUGAUUUGAGGGAAUUCGAAGGAAAACUGAUCGCCAUAGAUCAUAUCGAAGGAGUCGUCAAAUUAAAGGAUGCCCAAUUCCACGGGAAUAACGCUAUUCGAAUGAUCCCAAUCGAUCAUCUGUGUAAACUUGCCCCGCCAAAAAACCAACGAGAACAGAGUUAAAUAUUUUUAAUCUUUAAUUUUUUUUUCUUCUAUAUGUUAUCUUAAUUAAAAAUAUCAAAACAUUUUAGUCAAAAUACUUGAAAAUUACAGUCGAAAUAUAUGGCCUUAAUAAUUUUUUAUUAAGAUAAUUUGAUUUUUGUUGGAUUCUCUGUAUAAAAUAUUUAUAUUUUAA